AGUGGCUUAGUUAUCUGCUUUCGAUCCAGCCUCCAUUUCCACUGAGGGAAAUAGUGCUUUGGGGGCCAGCUCUUUUAUUGGCUGUAUUUGUUAUCUAAUAGCGUCGGCAGAAUUUGCAUCUGGAGCCAUGCAGCACGACCCAGAUAUUCACGUCAAAAAUAUUCAUGUCUUCGGUGCAAAGCCCAGAAGCAAGGAUUUUAUGCUUUUGCUUGGUGAAGUGCUUCGUUGGGAUUGGAUGAUGGAACAGGAUUGCAAGGUCAGCAAUGACCAGCAUACUCAAAUGUGUAUAGCAAUGGCUUGCAACUGUGUUGAACACAAUGACUUUGUAAGCUUGCAGGAACUUCUACAUAAGGUGGACAUUAACGCUACAGACUACGAUGGCUCCACACCUAUUCACAGGGCCUGUGAAACAGGGAACGUGGACAUGUUUAAGUACCUCAUUUCCAAAGGAUCCUCUUAUCAUCUCACUGACUUCUUUGGAAAUACCCCAAUGACUCUUGCCAUCAGAAACAGGCACGUUGACAUCGUGAUCAUGUUGCAGGAGUUGGGAGGAACUGUGUACUUAGAGACUGUAAGGAUCGGCAUGGAGCUUUGCAAGGCUGUUUUAAGCAGGGACUAUGUGUUGCUGCAAGCCUGGUACCUUUCCGGCACUGAUAUGGAUCAGGGUGAUUACAACGGAAGGACAGCUAUGCAUACAGCAGUCCGGAACAGAGAUAAAACCAUGGUGGCCAAACUACUGGAGUAUGGAGCCACCCCUCUGGAGCUUGAUGUGUGGGGUUGGACAGCAGUCGAUGAGGCCAAGAAACACCACCUGGCGGACAUCUUGAUGUUGUUCCACCCACUCUUCACUGAGAAGUUUACCAACAAGCACUUAUACCAGCUCUACAGAGAAAGCCUGGAAGACGGGCUGGAAUGAAUCCUGUGCAAACUCCGUUGAUCCUCAGGACUUGUGUAAUCAUUAACUUUGCAUGGACCCAUUUUGCCAAAGCAGGUUGACGUUUUUAAAUUUGCUCACACAGUUAACAUGAUAGGGGUAAAGUGUUUUAUACUAUUUUACAAGUGAUGUACAAAUUAUACAUCAGGAGUCGGAAUUUGUUUUCAA